AUGGCCGAUCCUGUAAUUGGAGCUACUCUUCAAGUUGUGCUUGAGAAGUUGCUUUCUCUAACUAUCGAGGAGCUCAAAAGCUUAAGGAACUUCAACAAUGAUCUGGAAAUGCUGAUACAAAAUGUAUCCUUGAUCCAAGCUUUCAUUCAUGACGUUGAAAGACCACAAGUUGAGAAACAGGUUGUGGAACAAUGGCUCAUGAGGCUUGAGAGAGUUGCUGAAAAUGCUGAAAAUGUGUUUGACCAAUUAAGAUAUGAAUCUCUCAAAACAAAAGUGAUGAAGAUCAGAAACAGCCCAGUGAAAAAGGUCCGUAACUUCUUUUCUCAUACUUCUUUUAAGUGCAAAAUGUCUCGAAAAAUCAACAACGUCACUCAAGAGUUGAUGGCUAUCAAUAAAGAUAAGGAUGCUUCUGAUAUAAAGGAGAAGAUUUUGAACAUGAGAGAGGAUGUUGUUCUGUGCACCAUUCCCAUAGUAGGUAUGGGGGGUUUAGGGAAAACAACUGUGGCUAAAAGAAUUUUUAAUGAUGAACAGAUCGAGAAACACUUUGAAAAGAGAGUUUGGUUGUGUCUACCUGAAAUGUCUGAAAUGAAGAGCUUUCUUGAACCGAUCCUCGAAUCAUUGACAGAGAGGAAACUUGAGGUCCAGAGCAGAGAUAUAAUAGUCAAGAAACUCCGAGAUGAACUGACAGGAAGAAAGUAUUUGCUUGUCCUGGAUGAUUUGUGGCGUGUUGACCCGACACUGUGGCAUGAGUUUGUGGACACCUUGCGAGGAAUAAAUACAUCUCGAGGAAACUGCAUUCUUGUGACUACCCGUAUGGAACUGGUGGCGUCUGCAGUAGCAGUAGGACCUCAUAUGUUGGAAAAAUUAACAGAACAUCAUUGCUGGUCAAUUUUCAAACAAAAAGCAUUUGUUGAUGGGGAAGUUCCAGAGGAAAUAAUGAUUAUGGAGAAAAGGAUUGGUGAAAUGUGCCAAGGUCUACCUUUGGCUGCAAGUGUGUUAGGAGGCCUCCUACGCAACAAGAAAAACAUGAAUGGUAGGCAAUUCUUGAUGGCAAUCCCCUUGUUCCACUUGAUCAAGAUGAUUAUGGAGAAUAUAACUUAA